CUUUUCCCCCUUCCCAAAUUAUUUUCCUUUUUCUUUUUCCUCCUAGGAAAUCUCACCUUUUUUAUUUUUUUGGGCAAAUUAAAAGCCGUGCUUUCCCAUCUGCUUUCUCCCAUUUCACUUCAACAUUUUUGACAAAUACAGAAAUUAACAAAAAGCUGGUUUCCACUGUUGCCCAACAAGCUGAAACUUCGGAAACCAGUACAAACUGAGCCACCACAAACACUGAACCCAGUACUUCUUUUGUGUAUCUCUUUCUCUGCCCACUUCUGCUUCAUGUUUUCACCAUUACAUGCAACAAAACAGUCCCAUUUCUGAUCUUUCUUCCUCUCUGAAACUGAGGUUUCUUUUUUACUUAGCUUAGUGAGGCAGCCAUGAGGGAAUCUCAUCUUUUCAUCACUUUAACUCUUUUGAUUGCUUUUACUCUUCAAUUUCAAGCUCAUGCUGCUCCUGCUGGGCCUUUGAUAAAGCACCUGUCUUCUCUUCUAAAAUGGACAACCAGAUCAUCCUCUAAAGCACCUCAAUCUGAUGGGAAUGUUCUUCAAUUUGAAAAUGGCUACUUAGUCGAAACUGUGGUUGAAGGGAACGAGAUUGGAGUAGUUCCGUACAAGAUCCGGGUCUCUGAGGAUGGCGAGCUGUUUGCUGUUGAUGAAGUCAAUAGCAACAUUGUAAAAAUCACUCCACCAUUGUCCCAAUAUAGCCGGGGAAGAUUGGUUGCUGGGUCAUUUCAGGGUUACACUGGACAUGUGGAUGGAAAGCCAAAUGAAGCUCGAUUCAAUCAUCCCAAAGGUGUAACCAUGGAUGACAAAGGGAACCUGUAUGUUGCUGAUACUUUGAAUCUUGCAAUCAGAAAGAUAGGAGAUGCAGGGGUGACAACCAUUGCUGGAGGGAAAUCAAAUGUUGCAGGGUUCAGAGAUGGACCCAGUGAGGAUGCAAAGUUCUCAAAUGAUUUCGAUGUGGUAUACGUUCGACCCACCUGUUCCUUAUUAGUUGUUGAUAGAGGAAAUGCAGCUCUUCGACAAGUUUCACUCAACCAAGAUGAUUGUGAAUAUCAGGCUGAUUCCAUUUCUCCCACAGAUAUACUUAUGGUAAUAGGCGCUGUUUUGGUUGGAUAUGCUACCUGCAUGCUUCAGCAGGGAUUUGGACCUUCUUUCUUCUCAAGAACGCAACAACCUUUUGAGAGCGAAUUCAAAGAACAGCCAAAUAAGGAGAAAUCCACUCUAAUUGCGGAUAGGAUGAAAGAGGAACCAGGAUGGCCAUCUUUCGGACAACUAAUUAUUGAUCUUUCCAAGUUUGCCUUUGAGGCAAUUGGUGGCGUAUUCCUUUACUUAAUCCCCUCCCGUACCAGACCCGGUGGCUCCAAGGGUCUGAUGCCAUUGAGGGAUACUCUUAGGAUGCCUGAAGAUGAAGUUGAGCCCCCAUUAAUGCAAAGGCAGAAGUCAGCUGCUCCGCUAUCUGAAGCCCAUCACAUCCAUACUCCCAAUACAACUGAUAAAUAUUCAGAAGCGAAACCCCCAAAGAUCAAAUCAUCCAGUUUUAAGGACCCUUCUCUAUCAACCAAGCACCGGUCCUCAAAGCGACAAGAAUAUGCAGACUUCUAUGGGUCAGGUGAACCUCCUUACGUCAAGUCUAAGAGCCAGAAAGAAAGAACAAAACAUCGUCAACGCGAUAGAAGUGGAGAGGUUAUUUAUGGAGCAAGUGGGGUGGAUCCAAAACCAGUUGAGGUCAAGCCAGUGGAUUAUGACAACCUGAAGUUCGAUCAUUACAAUAUGAGGAGCAAGUAUGGGGACGGUCCCUACCGUUUUUGAAUAUAUACAUAAAACUCUUAGCGAUUACUCUCUCUGUGCUGGUAAUUUCAACUUUUUAACUUUUCGUUUUAUCUUUUAUUUGCUUCGCACCAUGUAAUGUGUACCCCAUAAUUGAACCAAAACUGUAAUCAGGAGCUUUGGUCAGAAAGAAUGUUUCUCGGUCUGAGUGCUGCAACACAUGGAAGUACUGCAAAAUAUUGUUGAGUGUUCUAAUAUAUAAAAUUUUUAUCCA